AUGGCUUCCCUUCAGUAUGUUGACCCCAAGACCGGGGAACUACAUACUGUCACGGACUAUGUCAAAGAACAUGGCGAACCAGGGUCUUACCGAGGUCCACCUUCUGUUGAUAUCAUUAUUCAGAGCAUACACGCCGAUACCGUAGGUUGUGUCUAUCGUGCGGCACGACUUUUCCCAUGGAAGCUCUCUUAUCUAUGA